AUGUUUCCGGGCUGCUCUCUACGGAUCUCACGCUGUUCCCGGACCGUCCUGCGGCCACACUGGCUGACGAGGAAUGGGCUCCCGGAUCUCAAGGCUGUUACAUGUUCAGCACACAGCUUCCACAAGAAGGACACCCUGAACAGCCCCGUGAACUACGCGGGGCUGGGAACAGAAAAGGGCCCACUUUCCCACGCCGGUAAAGCCAUUUUAGCCAGGAGCUGCAGCACCAGUCCAGUCACACUGAACUGCUGGAACUGUCAGCAACUUAUUGACAAAAGGCCGACAUUCUUCUGCAACUCAUGCAAAGCCAUCCAACCCCCCCAGGAGGGGACAUCCUUCUUCACAAUUAUGGACUGUGACUACACGUUCACACUGGAUGCACAAAAACUGCAGAGAAAAUAUCUGCAGCUCCAGCGGUCUCUGCAUCCGGACAACUUCAGCCAGAAAUCUGCGAAAGAGCGCGAGUUUUCUGAAAGCCAAUCAGCUCUGGUGAACAAAGCGUACAGGACCCUGCUAAAGCCUUUGAGUCGAGGUCUGUACAUGCUGGAACUCGAGGGGAUGCGCCUGGAAGAGGGCACCGACUCUGGAGCCGACCCGGGCUUUCUGAUGGAGCUGAUGGAGAUCAAUGAAGCCCUCGAUGAGGCCCGGACUCCAGAAGAAGCCAAUAAGAUCGGCUCGGACGCAAAAGAACUGGAGCCUGUCUUCUCCGCCCCUGCAGGGAAACUGGCAGAACUGACGGAGCAGAUAGAUGCUGCCCUUCGCAAAGGAGAGCUUCAGGCUGCCAAAGCACUUCUGGCCCAGAUGAAAUACUACGCAAACAUUGAGGAGAAGGUGAAGCAAAAGCUGUCAGAUUUCAUGUGA